AGUCGAUCAAUAAUGGCCGAAAUAGAAGAUUGAAGUAUAGAUAUCAAAUUAUUAUCAUUUUUGUUGUACGAACAGGCUAAAAUUGAUCUUGGCAACGAGGACGCCGAUUCUGCGCAGUGAGGUAUUUUUGGUCAGUACAACAGUGAACGGGAAAGACAGAUAUGGGUAUAGGAUAGAAAGCAGAUUUAUGUGAAAUGGGAGUAAUCGACAAGGCGCCAGGGUAUGGCGAGGACGGGUUGUACUCGUUCUCUUCCCGCCCGAUCACCCCGAGGGACAAAGCCGGGGACCUCCUGGUCAAGUUCCAAGCUGUCAGCAGAACCCAGCAAACCUUCACACACCACUACAUCUCCGUGAAUUCCAAAGAUAAUCUGUCGCAGGUCCGUCGCAGUAUUCAACAUUACUUCGAAGAAUACUUCGAAAGGGGGUUCAUUUUCUUGUGUAAGACGAAAGAAAUCCUGAAAUCAGACGAAAAGACGACUACCGUUUUUGACAUUCUUCCUAAAAUUCCUCAGAUGAGACAAACUGAUACCGGCAGGUCCAAUCAAAAAUGGCAACUCCCGAAGGAAAAAUUUAGAUACCCGGAUGUAGAGUACAAAAGGGUUGCGCACUCGUAUGAGGGAAAGCGCUACAUUGUAAUGUGCGCCUGUGUGAUUUUUCUGUACGAGCGGAGUAAAGUCAGCCACUGGCCUCCACAAGAACUGCAUCAACAGCUGUGUGAAAACCUUUUGGAGGGAUUUUCCUUCAUACCAACCGAUAUCAUGUCCUGGAAACCAAAACUCUUGGAGCUAAAAGCAACAUCCCUUCAUAUACAUGCUGCAUGUGGAAACAUAAAGAAAUUGGAGCAGGCUCUUCAGAAACUUCCAUACACGCCUAAAAUAUGCGACAUUUGUGAUGAACGAAAUGCAACACCACUUCAUUAUGCCGCUGAAAAUGGAAAAUUGGAUGCAUGUGAAAUUCUCAUUAAUGGCAUAGGGAGAGACCAGAUAUUUACCAAAGACAUGAAUAAUAAAUCCCCAUUACACUGUGCUCUAUACAGAAGAAGAAGAGAAGUAGCAGUAUACCUUCUCCAGCUGAACUCAGAAGUCCUUGACGAUGAUAACUUAGGAAACGACUGCAUUGAUCUGCUCCUUUUUCAGAGUGAUGCUGAUAUAGAGUAUAUCGCUUCUAAAAUAGAACCCCUAUCUCUCAGUAAACACCUUCAGUUUUACUUGUGUUAUAUUAUGCUUGUGUUGAAAAAAGAAAAACAUGCUCUUCGGCUAUUAGCGUUGCUUCCUGAUUAUGACGAAGAAGAUAAAAGACUGGAUGAGAUCGACUGUUCCCUGCUACAUUUGUCAUCCACAUUGAGUCCAGAGCUUACACAGCUUUUAUUGAAAAAGCGUUUUCCAAAGUAUAAGAAAAAUAUAGAGGGUGACCUACCUUUUCAUUUAGCUUGUCAAUAUGGAAAAGUGGAACAAGUGCACUUACUCUAUGAUAAGAGUUUUCAGGAAAGUGAUUUGAAUAAAGGCAUCCAAAAAGCUCUAAAAAAUUGUCACUAUGGGGUAUGUUUUGCUAUCUUUAAGAUUCGAAGUAAUCUUGCACUUUAUGAAUCGACAGUAUGCAUGAUCAUGCAAUCAUUAAAGAAAGCAUUUGAGGGAUAUCGGAAAGGAUUCAAAAGAUGCAGAUAUGUUGAAUCUGUGGCAGAGCAAUUAUUGCCUUUACUGAGUUGCCAAAAUGCAGCAUCUGAAAGGUAUGUGUUUGAAUCCGCAUCUCUUGGCCUUCAUAAAAUACUGGUUCUUCUGAAAUCCCUAGGAAUACCAUUUGACUUAUCAGAUGAAAUGAACAGAACACCUUUGCAUGAAGCUUGUCAGAACAAUCAUAGUGAAUGUGUAAAAGUGCUUUUGGAAGCGGGUGUAAAUCCAAAUCCCACAGACUGGCGUGGUGCCACGCCUUUGCACUAUGCCUGUGAAAAAGGACACGAAACCAUAGUAAAUAUGUUACUGCAUUCAGAUCACGUGGAUGUUAGCAUACAGGAUGACAGCGGAAAAACUCCAUUGAUGACUGCCAUUUACAGAAAUCGACAGAGGGUGGUCAGAGUCCUUCUUCAGAAAUAUGCCAGUCGGUGCAAUUUGAAGGCUGUCGACAAGUUGGGUCAAAACAUACUUCAUUAUUUGCCAUUAAUUGAUGAAGAUCUAGAAGACGUCGUCAUACAACAAUUCAAAACAGAAACAGAACAGAUUUAUCAGAAAAAACGAGAAAAUAUAGUUCAGAAGCAAAAAGAAAGGAACAUCGUGUGGAAUGAAUCGAUGAACUUUACAAAUUUUUGCAGAUUUGAUCGUCCUUUUCGAGAAUUUAGUAAGAGGGAAGGUCCAUUCCAAUACGAUGAUGAAAAAGAGAAAACAUGGAACAAACUCUGGUCACUUCAUUCCAAAGUAUCUGAGUUGAUCAGUAGUCCAACUAAGCGAUACCAAAAAUGUCAAAAAUGUGGGGAUAUUAUUAAAAGUAACUCAAAGCAUCCUUGUGAGGAGGAAAACGCCGAAAGUAAAGAAAGCUAUGUAGAAUUAAGGGCUUUUGAGUACAAGUGUCAUGAAAAAGUAGCUUUCAAUACGCCACUGGAAUGUGCUCUUAAAACUGGAAGAAUAACAACAAUGAAGAAACUAACUCAGAAUUUCCCAAACCUUUUGAAGGAUACUGAUAAUUUCGAAAGGUCUCUUAUAGACUUUGCAAUUCAACAGUAUUCCUUUAAGAUCAUUAAGUCGGUAAUUGACGUUGUAAAACCUAAAGCUGACUUUCUGUAUCGUUUGAUGAUGGUUUCAAAGAAUGAAAAAAUAGCAGUUAUGCAAAAAGUGUUGGAACACUUCAUGCAGUCAGUAAUGAUUGCAAGUGACAUCCCAGAACCCGUAGAUGUUAUCCAUGAACUAUGUGAAAAAAGGCGAUAUUAUAAAAUUUUGAUUUCAGAAACUUGGUGUUUAGAAUUAAACUGUGGUUAUAACUGUAAUCUAAAGAGCUUUUUACCAGUUGAAGCUGCUGUUAUCCUGCAAAAUUUUCCGCUUUUCAAGGUUAUACUCGAAAAAACAAAAGAUGAUGAUUUGGGAAUUGCUUUACACCUAGCAGUAUAUUAUGGCCAAUCUCGGUUCAUCGAUGCCAUAUUGAAGAAGAAACAUAAACGUGAAAUAAGCAAAGAAAUGCAAGAAAUAGAAAAUAUGUACAUCCUUGACAUAGCAUGUCGAUCUCCUUACAUCAGUGAGGACGUUUUUGAGACUUUAAUAAAAUAUCACCCAGAUGUCUUAAAAUCUCGAGAUAUUUUUAUGUGUGACGGUCUGCCAAGAGACGACCUCUCAGCAGACGAUCUGCCAGAAGACGAUCUGUCACAAGACGAUUUGUCAAAAUUAAGACCUUAUCUCUGGUGGAGCAUGAAACUCUGUUGGAUGUCGGAAAAAACAACUUUAGCAAAAAUUUUAUCUUCCAGUCACAGGUUUCGCUUCAGAGGAUUGAGGUCAAGGGACAAAUCGAUUUUCGAUAAAAUGGGUUGUUUUCUUAUCAAGUCCGGUGUUCCACUGGGAAAAUUUAAAAACUUCGAGGAUUCUUCCGAUUUAUAUGUGCAUGGCAUAUGUGAAGCGUUUAUUCUUGCUUUAGAAUCCGGCCACUUUUAUUCUGCAGUCCUGAUGCUACAGAGAGAAGGGCAUCUUCUAUGGCACUGUGCACUUUCCUCAAAUAAAUGUCAAAUCCAAAAACAGUUAAACAGAACUUGGCGAUCAAAUUUUUGUGACAAGGAAAAAUGUUAA